CCCAUUUCGCCGCCGCGGAAAAAUGGGCAGUCUUCGUCCCAUUUUCUUCUUCUUCCGCGCCAUUCCGCGCCAUUAUCAAUGGCGGAAAGUCGUUUUAACCCUAGAAUGCCCAGCGGAAACACUUGUGGACUACUGGCACUGAUCUAUGAUCCCUCAUUUCAGAUUAACGAAGAAGAAGAGGAAGCUGAUCCUACAGAUUCCUCCAUUGACGAAGAGGAAGCUGAUCCUACAGAUACCUCUCUUCAGAUUGUCAGAGAAAGAAAAGUUAUUCCAGAAAUUCCCAACCCUCCUGCUCCCGAGAUUGAACUUGGGGCACAGUUCUUCCUCAUGACGAAGGCUUCACCCCAUGUAGAACUGAAGGAUGCCACUUCUGGCUUGGAAUUUGAUCCCACGGGAGAAUUCUUGGCUUCAGUUAACCGAGUGGGUUGCCUGACGAUCCAAAGGUUUCAAACCCUUCGAUAUUACAGUGAUCACAUCGUGCGAAAGACAGGAGGUUUGCUGAUUUCCUCCAAAUCAAUAGAAUUGGUGGUGGUGCAGGUGGCUGAUUUUGGAGCUCUCAAAGUCCAAAAUGCCAGACCAACCCAGCUGAAGAUGGACUGCAAUGUGGCAACUUCGGUUGCCUGCACUUCGAUGUUUCCAGGGGAAGUCCUCAUAUAUGACCUUGCUAGUUUCUCUUCUGAUCCACUUACGGUCUUGAGACUGAACAGGGGCACAAGGAUUACUGAUGUAGCUUUCAAUGGAUCCGAUGAUUCCAGAUUGUACGGUUCGGGUUUGAAUGGCAUAGUAAACGUUUGGGAUCCAAGAACGAGUUACUUACCGUGUUUGGAGCUCGUAACACACGAGCUGGUUCAUGACAUCCUUUCGCUGAAAAGUAUCCAGUUGCAUCAGGAUAGUCAGAAGGUCUUUGGGGGUGACCACUCUGGAAAUGUGUUUAUGUGGGACAUCCGCAACCCAUCCAUACCUGCAGGAGUGUGGAGAUUAAGAGAUUUACUUGUUACUAUUGGAUACGUACAGGUAUGAUUGUUGGAUUCUUGAUCUCCCUCCUGUCUCUCUGCAUCAUAUUAGAGAGAGGCCCAAUAUAAUUGCUCCCAUGUGAUUUUCACCACCACCACUCUCUGCUUUUACCUAAUAAAUCAAUUCAUUGGUCACUGUGCUUUGAGCGUAUCAUUCCUAAUCCCCUCCACCUCACUCUUUGACUUUUGUUUGCUCCUUUGAGUUAUAAUGCUAUUAUAUUACUCUUUGCGAAGUUUGAUAAGAGUUUUAGUAGCAGAAGCAGAGCAAAAGCCACAAAAUUCCUCUGU